GGAAGCACAAGCAACAUGGUGGCUCGCUAACCCUCACGUUGUACACAUGUGGCGCUUUUAGAGUUGAUAUAAAGUCGGUGUUGUGUAGAAAAGUGAAGGUUCAUCUUUAUUUCUUUAUUAAGUGUUUAUUUGUUAGUGAGUGUGUUAAAGAUCACAGUGUGAGAGGAUCUCAGAGAACAAUCCAGAAUGCAGCACGAUGAUGUAAUAUGGGACCUGAUCGGCAAUAAACAGUUCUGUUCCUAUAAAGUGAAAACAAAGACGAGUAAUUUCUGCCGGAAUGAGUACAGCAUCACAGGUCUCUGCAAUCGCCAGUCAUGCCCUCUGGCCAACAGCCAGUACGCCACCAUCAGAGAAGAAAAAGGUCAGUGUUUCCUCUACAUGAAGGUGAUUGAGAGAGCAGCUUUUCCAGCACGCAUGUGGGAGAAGGUGAAACUGAGUCAGAACUAUGAGAAAGCUCUGCAGGAGAUCGAUGAGAAUCUCAUCUACUGGCCGCGGUAUUUAAGACACAAAUGCAAGCAGCGCUACACCAAAAUCACACAGUACCUCAUCCGCAUCCGCAAACUCACACUUAAGAGACAGAGAAAACUGGUUCCACUCAGCAGAAAAGUAGAGAGAAGAGAAAAAAGAAAAGAAGAAAAAGCUCUGGUAGCUGCUCAGUUGGAGAAUGCCAUCGAGAAGGAACUGCUGGAGAGAUUAAAACAGGGCACGUAUGGGGACAUCUACAACUUUCCCAUCCAUGCUUUUGAUAAAGCUCUGGAGAAACAGGAUGCAGACAGUGAAACAGAAGAGGAGGAAGAGGACGAUGAACAGGAAGAGGAGGAUGAGGAUGCAGGAAAAAGAGAGUUUGUUGCAGAGGAUGAAUUUGAAGAAAGUGAUCUCAGUGAUUUUGAAGAAAUGAACAAGCUGAAGGCCAGCGAUGAAGAGUCGAGUGAGGAAGAAGGAGAGUCGGACGAGGAGGAAUCUGAGGAGGAGAUGGAGGAAGAAGUAGAAAAAGAAUCCAAAGCUAAAUCGAAAGGAAAGGCACCACUGAAAGGACCAGCCAGGAAGAAACGUGCGUAUGUGGAGAUCGAGUACGAGCAAGAGACAGAACCUGCCACCAAGAGCAAAGCUUAAUAGAGACUAAACCAACAAUAAACACCUUCAUUCAGUCAUUUCCAGCCUGAACACGACUAUGAACAAACUCCACUGAUUACUAGUACACAAUUAACACUGUACUGUAAUGCAGGAGACCUGGACUCAGCUGUGGUGUUAGUAUGAACAGCUCUCUGUAUCUGUACUGCGGUUAUAUGAUUUAAAAGUGUUGUUUAUGACGACUGUCAUCCUCAAACUUUGCUAUAAACCUUUUUAAUCAAAA